AUGCUUUCCAGAUCCUCUCAUAUUUUGAGAGCUGGCAUCAUUUCGCGUGCCAGCCUUUUUACAGCUCGGUCUGUUGUAGGUUCCUCUUCAGUCCGUACGCAGAUUGCCAUUGGCUACAGAGCUGCAUCUACAGCACCCGCCACUGCUACUACUACUACAGCACCCGCCACCUCCACUAAAGCCGAACUUGAUGGUGAAAAUACGGCUUCUGCUCCUAAACAAAAGCGCAUUCGAUCUAGACCCAGAAACCAGUCUUCUGGCUUUAAGAGCAAAUACAAUGGUCCUAUACUAAGCAUUGAUGAAAAGAAGGCUAUCGAUGCCCAGUACGACAAAAUAUACCAAGCUCUCAACGAAAAUAAUCUUGUUGAUGCUUCUAAGUUUUUCCUUGAAUCAUACAAACCUGAGGAAACAUUUUUAUUUAGAAACUUCAAGCAACUUGAGGGCAAGGAAAGACUUCACAUCAAGCUUUUCCACAAGGUUCUUGAGGCACACAAACGUAACGACAAAUUAGAGGGUGUGAUUUCUGUCAGCGACCUUUACUCAAAGUACCUCGAUGGUGGUAUUACUGUUGGGUGGAUGUGCUCUGAAGCUAUUAUUUACGAAAUUUCCAAAGGCCGACCUGAACAAGGUUUAGAACUAUGGGUUAAGUUUAUGGAAUCUAGCAACAAUGUUACCAAUGUUCAAAAUCACGAUAACAAGGAGGCUGCUCAUUCCGCUUUAGCUGCUUACAUUUCUAGUUGCCUUAAAGAAAACACUGAGCCUACUUCUAAGAUUGCUCUAACGCUUGUCCCUCUUAAAACCAUCCCUGAUAACACUGAUAUUACCCGUCUCUUUAGAAAUUGCAACGUCAAGCUUAAUAAUAAUACUAUUAACAAGAUCAAUCAAGGAUUUGAUACUAUUAGAUAUGAGUCUUUAGAUCCCAGCAAUGUUGAUUUUCUCGACAAUCUUCCCAUUGACCAACCUCUUGAGCUUGAAAACAGAUAUGCAGAGUGCAUUAAGAAGUCAGCAGACAGUGGCGUUGCUCUUUCUGAAAGCACAUACGCUCGCUUUAUUUUUUGCUUUGCUGAAUCAAACCGCUUUGACCGUGCUUUUGAGAUUUGGAAGGACCUUGUCAGCAGCGGCAUUUCACCUUCAGUUCAGUCCUGGAAUAUGCUGUUGAAGGCUGCCGCUUUAUCUAACAAGAAGCAGGUUACUUUGAUUGAAGCUCUUCUUAAAAAGAUGAUUGAUUCUGGUGUUAAGCCCAAUUCCGAUACCUAUGGAAUUCUUAUUAACUCAUAUUUCAAAGCUGGGCUCUCUGACACUGCUGUUGAGAUUUACGAGAAACUCGGCGAGGAAAAUAUUCCCGUCAACUUGUACAUUUUCAACAUUAUGCUUAAUGGUCUUUUGAGAUCUGGACAAGAGGAGGCUGCUCGUUCUCUUCUGAAAUCUGGUAUGGACGUUGGUCUUUCUCCAGAUAUUAUUUCCUUCAACACAUUUAUCACUACCUACAUUCGUGAAAAGAAGUACAAGGAGGCUGAAAAGAUUAUCACGCUCAUGAACGAUGUUGGUGUUACUCCUAAUGUUGAAACAUACACAAACAUCAUUGAUACCAUCUAUAAGGUUGCCAAUAAGGAACAGAUUGAUCCUCAUGAGCAAAUUGAAAAGAUUAUUAAGUCGAUGGCCGAGCAAGGUAUUCGUCUUAGUGUGCCUACCAUUACUGCCAUUAUUGAUGGUAUUGCCAAGUCUGGUAACGGCAAUUCAUCCAACCUCCAACUCUACAGACUUAUGCAAAAGAAGCAAUUGAGACCAAACAUCCGAACAUUUACCGCUUUGAUCAACAGUGAGAUUCUUGCUGGUGACAUUGAUCGUGCCACAUUCUUUUUUGAUGAAAUGAAGCAGUAUAAUGUUAUUCAAGCCACCACCAACUACAAUCAGCUUCUUAGAGCCCUCACUCCACGAAACCUCAUUCAAGAAAGCAUGAGGCUUUUCCGUGAUCUCCAACACAGUAAAUACGCAUCACCCAAUGUUUACACCUAUUCAUUUGUUCUUCAGUGUGCUCUCAAUACUAACGACAUGGUUAGUGCAACUGAAGUUCUUGAGGAUUUAGCCCGUCAACCUAAUGACUUCCGUGUGGGCUCUUCUUUAUUGAAAAUUCUUCGCAAGCUUAGUGAUAGAGGUCUCAAGGUUCCUAUUUUCAAAGAUCAAAAGCAGACACCAUAUGCUAAGAAGCUUGCUGAAGAGGAAGUUUAG